UCCAGAAGUCGAAGCUCAUGGAACGAGCAUUUUUGAUACAAGAACCCUUGUAUAAUGAAUAUGCGAUUUAAAGAGUGUGUGGCACAAUAAACACCAACAAAUACUAAUGAUAAGAUUCGUGUUUUAAACUGAGACAGAGAAAUAUACAAUCAAGAUGUCAAAAACAACACGGGUCCCAGGCUACAUGCAAAGUAAAGCUGCGAGGAAUGCCAGAGGGAUAAUUGGGGACAGAGAAAUUCGGUUCAAGUGCUCAUUACAGAACACGAUAUUAGAUGUGUUACGUGGCCGACCCGGUUGGCAGGAGGUUCCGGGCUCCCAAACUUCGACACAACAACAGGAAGGAAAGGGCAGUAAGACAGGUUCUACAGGUACCACCCCAUCAAAUACACAAAAUUCCCCCGCCACAUCCGGCGGAAAAUCUGGUUAUCAACCUGUUCCCCCCAUUCAGAGAAACAG